UUAUCAAAAACUUCCAUCCUCGUUCCAUCUUUUUGUCUAAUUUAAAACGUAAAAACACACACCAGGAACGAUCGAUCCUCUACGUUACACGUUCUUCAGAUUCACACUUCUCUUCUUCUCAGAUGGAUUCAGAUUACGCAGCUAUUCAAAUCGAGAAACCCUGAUUUCAUGAUUCUGAGAUUUUUUGAAACUCUCAAUCCUAAUUUCGAUUCUGCGAAAUUUACACAAUGGAACCGCCAUUACAAAGUUUGAGACUUUUUCUAUUCUGUUUCUUCGUCUUCUUCUCCAUCUCUGCUUCUUCUAUUUUAGUUGACUCAAAACCACAAGAUUCUUCCAUCACUACACCUCUAACACCGCCUCCUCCAGUAAGGGCCUUCGAGAGUAGUAACAAGCAGGCGAAUCACGAGAAGCAUCACCACAGAAGAAAAAAAUGGCGAGAGAGAAGGAAGUCAAGGAACCAUCAUCAUCAUCGGAAGAAGAAGAAGAAGAAGCAGAAGGUGAACACGGGAAAGACGGUGGGGCUUUUCUUCGCCGGUGUAGCUGCAGCUUUGCAAGUAGUUGUUGCUGCUUUCUUGCUUUUCAAAAGAAGUCAGCUUCUCCGCAAGAUCAAUGAUUUACAACAACACUAAAUGAGAUUCGAAAUCUCAUUUAGUCAUUUUUUGAAACAGAGCAUUGCUUGCGGUUGGGAGUUUUGAAGAAUUACAAGGAACACAAAACAGAGAUGACAAGAAUCCAUCAACGAUAAAAAGAAGAAGAAGAAGAAGAAGAAGAAAGAG